AUGGCGCUGAAUUUGGAUGUGCGUCAGAUAAACCGGUCGGCAAACGAGCAGACGGAUUACCUGAUGGUAAUCAAUCAGCGCCGCCCAUGGACACUCGCAACGGAGGAGUUACGAGGCCGUGGUAUCACUCCGUUCGAGCCGACCCAUCUUCUGAAGAAUUUCGUUACGGGAUCCAAGAUAGUCAUUUAUAUCGGACGCACCGGCGUUCAGGAUUUCGGUGUUUUCAUGGUUGUAUCAACUGUAGAUCCUGGCUCACAGGAGUUGUAG